AUGAAGUUCAUACUCGAACGCACAAGAGAAGGUCAGGAGGACCUGGAGUAUCUAGAAAAGGCGAUCAGUGCCCUUUUGAACGAUAGAAGAAGAGCCUCUGGACAAAAGUUGGUAACCAUUGAAACUGCAAUCAAGAACCUCGUCACAGAGGCACAAGGCGUUGCAAAUAUGCUCCUAGGUUACUAUGGAGACACCGAUGGAUUACGUAAAAAGGAAAUCAAGUUUAUCGCAGAUACUAGUAUUAACAAUGUUACCAGUUUUACCAGAUAUACUCAUUGGAUUCCAGAUGGAAGUGAAAGAACUUUUAUUCUAUAUAAGGAACUACAAGAUGGAAGUAAGAUAGUAGAAUCAUCCGUGGGAGUAUCCAUACCUAAUGUAGAAAGUGUUUCAGUAUAUUACUGGAAUGGUAAUCUUGGUAAGCCUAUCCUACUCGAAGUUACUAUUGGGGGUGGUGGUAAACCAGAAACCAAGCACUAUUGUCACAGUUCAACUACUGGAGGAGGACGAGGCAACUGGUCGAAUGCCGAUAAUGAAGAUAAAGAACUACUCUACCUUCUCGAUGAGAAUAAUUGUCGGAGGAACAGGGCAGUGCCGUUUAAUAUCAACAAGCCAGAAGACACAUCUCAGAUUUAUAAUGAUGAUCAAGUACCUCAAUGUGUAAAGGAUACCAGAAAGAUUACAGAAUAUGGUCCAAAACCUGCUCCUCCCGGAGGUGAAUACACCGUUAAGGAAUGUGUUGUUUAUAAUGAUCCUAGUGAUCCUUUUGAAACAGGCACUAAAGUAUCUAGAGUGAUCUUUGGAAAAAUGAACACUGACAUUAGUCUUCCAAACAAUUAUCCAGUAUCUAGGAUAAGAGUGUUCUCACAAAAGAAUGUAGAUAGUACUCCUCUUAUUCUACAGUUCGUAAAGAAGGGUGGAGAGGAACAAAGGUGGUUUUACAGUAAAACUCUAGAUUGUCUUGCCUGGGGAAUCGUUAAUAAUUAUAGAUCAGAGGGAUUCUAUAACGAUUCUGCGGGAUAUUAUCCUACUGAUGAUCUUACAACUGAGCUCGACAAUGUUAGGUGUUUUCGUGAGAGUCUUGUUACUAUGAAUAUUAGUGAGAGUGUAUCCGCAGGACAAUCAUAUUGUUGUAUUUACCAUAGUGAUUCUAGAGAAGGAAAGGUUACAGUUAGCGAGAGAUCAGUUCAAGUUGGUUCUGGUACUAAAGAGAUUCCGUUCCACAAACACGCCAUCACUGAUGAAAGCACUAAUCUGGUAAAGAUAAAGUUUUCUUCACAAUGGAAUCAAGGUACUGAAAUAAAGAGGAUAACCCUAAGUAAGCAGAAUCUUCCAAUCACGGGUCCUGUUAGCGUCUACGCAUUUUAUUGUCAAAAGAAUCCAGUACUAAUAUACAUUGAAGGUGGGAGGCCUCUGACAGUUAAUAAGUGGUUUAAGAAGAAUGGUGAUACAUGGAUACAAGUCUUGAAUAAUGUACCCGGUCCGGAGCAAAUUGAUGACUGUACAAGCUGGACUCAACUUAACAAUGAGCUUACUAAACUAGGUUGUCAGAGCUAUGGAGAAUGUAAUGAACCUACCCAAUCCUCACCUCUACAAGAUCCUGCUACUGUUGUUAGUGAUCUAGGUGGAGUUAAAGGAUCUGGUGAAAAAAUACUCAGUGACCUGAUGAAUUUCGGAAAACUAGGAUACGGUUUCGCUGGUCUAUUUGGAUUAGAUCUAACUCUUCAACUGGUUAAGGAUAUUGCUAGUUCUAGUCAAGCCGAAGAUCAAAUUCCUGUUCCCCCUGAUGCUACUGAUACUGGUAAUGAUAGUGAUGCUGAAUCUAAAUCUGCUGAAGCACAAAAUCCUGCUGGCUCAUCUAACCUGGAUGCUACUACUCCUGAACUUGCUUCUAGAGCUACUGGUCAAGGAUCUCCUCCUGAAACUGCUAAACUUACUGGUGGCGAACUUACUGCUGCUGGUACGGACGUCCAAGACACGGAUACGUUAUGGAACAACUACUAUAGCACAUUAAAAAACAUAAAGGACUAUUACAGACACAAUGAGCAGUACAAUGCACCUAUAGAAGCUCGUAAUCUAAAGUCAAUGGUUAAAAAGGCAUGUGCUGAUGUCCAUUUGGACUCCAUUUUUAAACCGGAGGAAAAUAGCGGAAAAUGUAUUUAUUUGCAAGACUUUUAUAUCAAAUUUGUAAAUCUGCAGCCAUUGAGGAAUUACAGGCUGAAUACGCAUAGACAACAGGAAAUCCACCGUCUUCGUAACAAGGGUUUAACGGAUGAUAAGCUUUUGGAGUCUCACGUUGCUCCUUUUGUGGAGAUGGAUUACGUUACCUACUUGUCAACUUUUCAUCAAUUCCAUCUCAUCCCCCGCUACUGCAAGUAUAGAAAUGCAGAGUAUAUAAAGUAUUUACAAGACCUUUACGCCUAUCUUGCCGAUUUUUUUUGCAGACAGAAUCCACUCGCAAACUCCAAAAAUCUCGAGGCUUCCAUGGAGGAGAGCUUCAAGACUUCGUGGGAGUCAAACUCUCUGCAAUAUUGGAAGGAUAAGACUUAUACAUUGGAACUAUACAACGCUCCAUCCGACAAGCUCUUUAGCUCCAAGGGCGUACUUGAAUCGUUUACCAAGGGUAAAAAGUAUGCAGCACUACUCGCCAAACAUUUGGCCAGAGAAGAGGAAGCAAAGGUCAGUACAGAUAAUGGAAAGGACCAUUCCGCAAGUGACACCAACGAGGGCCCAGAUGACGCUACAAAUGUCCUCCCAUGGUACGCCAAGAGUGUGGAGCACGAUAGGGAAAUUGCGCGGCUCGAGUACCUUGUGUGUGCAUACAAAGAGACGCUGCAAGGGACAGUUGACGCCUCCAUAGAGAGUGUAGAAAAGAGAGAGUCUAGGACUCACAAGGAGCUCAAUAGUCUCACGGAGGAAAUAUUAAAGGCUGUCGAGGAGACUCCAGAAGUUAACUUGGAAGAAUCUUCCGAAGAUGAAGACGAGGAAAAGGUCGUUUAUAAUCCCCUCAACCUCCCCCUUGGAUGGGACGGCAAGCCUAUCCCCUACUGGCUCUACAAGUUGCAUGGCUUGGGUCAGGAGUUCAAGUGUGAGAUUUGCGGCAACUACUCGUACUGGGGAAGAAAGGCGUUUGAGAAUCACUUUCAGGAGUGGAGGCACUCGUUUGGCAUGAGGUGUCUAAAGAUUCCAAACACUCCUCACUUCAAGGAGAUUACAAAGAUUGAGGAUGCGUUUGCACUAUAUGAAAAGCUCAAGACAGUUUCGGAUCGCAACACAUUCAAGGUCGCCCAGGAGGCAGAAUGUGAAGACUCUGAGGGGAACCUCAUGAGCGUAAAGGCCUAUGAAGAUCUCAAGAGACAGGGACUACUCUAA